UGAUCAUCAUGCUGAACGCCACAGAACUUGUCAUUACAUGGACAACGCGGCAGUGUUUUAGUGGUUAGAGUGAUUGCUCGUCAUGGCUGUUUUCUCUAUUCUGUUCAUCGAUCACUGGGUCUUGGUCUAAAUUCCCAUGUUGGCUGUAUCGUGGCGGUACUACACCCGACAGCUCCUCGCCAAGGUCUGCUAUAGCUGGCCACGGUCUGGAUAUGUGUACGAUCUUUUGUGGAGGAGGCUAAAAUGGAGCGGCCCUGCGAGAAUGUAUAAAAGAUUCCCUCAGAUUUUCAGUGUGAAUCAUCACUCUCAUACAUCCCUGACCAUGCAACUUUCUGUGCUCCUAAGCGCGCUUAUAUCUUUCGUCAUUCUUGCUACAGCGUCACCCACGCCUGGAGCCAUCUCGAAACGUUCCUUCGAGGGAAACACGCUUGACACGAACUUUGGACGUGAUCUCCUAGUAGAGAGCAAGAAGCGCAAGGAACUUGAGUCACACAUCGCUUACGACGACGACGACGUCCCAAGCACUGGAGGCAAGAAGCGCAGGGAACUUGCGACACACCUCGCUUACUCCGACGACGACGUCCCUGGAGGCAAGGAGUGCGAUGAAUCGGGGUGAGGGUAUCUACAAAACACCUCAAUAGGAUAGAAAUGUAAAUUUAU